ACUGGGCAUAAAGAUAAUGCUGAAUUUGCAUUGGCUAUGUGUUCAACUGAGCCUUAUGUUCUUUCUGGAGGCAGGGACAAACAUGUGGUGUUAUGGAGUAUUCAUGAUCACAUUGCAACUUUAGCUACUGAAGUAGGACCUGAUGUUAAACAGGGCUCUAAUGUUGGUGGAAGUGGUGAGAAAACUGCAGAAAGCCCCUCUGUUGGACCAAGGGGCAUCUACCGUGGUCAUAAAGAUACUGUUGAAGAUGUGCAAUUUUGCCCUUCAAGUGCACAAGAGUUUUGUAGUGUAGGUGAUGAUUCUUGUCUCAUACUCUGGGAUGCUCGUGUUGGAACUACUCCAGUUGUUAAGGUUGAGAAAGCACAUGAUGGUGAUGUACAUUGUGUUGAUUGGAAUACUCAUGAUAUAAACUUAAUUCUAACUGGUGGGGUUAUAUGCCCUUUCGUUUUUUUUGAUCGCCGAAAACUAAACAGUAGUGGGGUUGGGACUCCUAUUUUUAAAUUUGAAGGCCAUGAAGCACCAGUCCUCUGUGUACAGUGGUGUCCUGCUAAAUCAUCUGUAUUUGGAAGUGGUGCUGAAGAUGGCAUUAUAAACAUCUGGGACCAUGAAAAGGUUGGUAAAACAUUGGGUUCUGCUGAUCUAACUGUAUCACAGGCUUCCCCUGGUUUGUUCUUUCGUCAUGCAAGACAUAGGGAUAAGGUUGUGGACUUUCAUUGGAAUGCAGCUGAUCCAUGGACAAUUGUUAGUGUCUCUGAUGACUGUGCUAGCACUGGUGGAGGUGGCACCCUACAGGUAAACAGAUAUUUUGAAAUUAUGGUUUAUAAACCUGAAAAAAAUGUGGUUUAA